UGGUUGCCACAAGCUGCUCCAAGCAGUAAUGGGGUCGGCCACCGGCAAGAACGUCGUGCUGUUCCCCUUCCCCGGCCAGGGCCACUUCGCCGCCUUCCUGUCCUUCGCCGGCGUCCUCCGCCGCGCGCUCCCGGACGACGUCGCCAUCACCCUCGUCUCGACGCCCGGCAACGUCGCCACCCUGCGGCGCCGGGCCUCGUCGGGAGCAGCGCAAGAGUGCCCCUUCCUCGCCUUCCGCGAGCUGCCGUUCGUGCCGGCCGACCACGGCCUGCCGCCGGGCUGCGAGUCCGCCGACGGCAUCCCGCCCAUCCGCAUCAUUGAGCUCUUAGAGGCGUUCGAGACACUCCAGCCGGCCUUCGACGACUUCAUCGCCGGCGCCGGCGACGUCGUGUGCGUCGUCUCCGACCCGUUCGUGGCGUGGACGGUGGCCGUCGCGCGGCGGCGCGGGUGCGCCCACGCCUUCUUCGCCUCGUGCGGCGCGUUCGGCAGCGCCGUCGUGCACUCGCUCUGGAGCCGCCUCCCCGUUCGCCCCGACGCGGCGGGGCGCGUCCUCCUACCGGAGCAUCCCGACGUUGUCAUCGACAGGUCGCAGGUGCCGAGUUACUCGAUCCGCGACGACGCCACCGCCGGCGACGACCCUGCCGCGGCGUUCUUCGGCCGGCAGAUACCUCUGGGGUACCAGACGGACACGGUGCUCAUCAACACCGUGGAGGAGUUCGAGCCCACCGGGCUCGCCAUGCUGCGGCGAGCACUCAAGCUCCCGGUCUUCGCCAUCGGCCCUCUCGUGCGCGCCUCCUCCGGACCGAUCUCGCCGGGGACGGACACCGCCGCCGCCGUCGUCAGUUUUCUCGACUCCCACCCACCGUCGUCGGUGCUGUACAUAUCGUUCGGGUCACAGAUCUCCAUCCGAGCAGAGCACAUGGCGGAGCUGGCCGCGGCACUGGAGACGACCGGGCGGCCGUUCGUCUGGGCCGCCAAGCCGCCGGACGGGCACGACAUAAAGGGCGCGAUCCGGCCGGAGUGGCUGGAGGAGAGGGUGACGGCGACCAAGAAAGGCCUCGUCCUCCACGGGUGGGCGCCGCAGGUGAGCAUCCUGGCACACCCCUCGACGGGCGCGUUCCUGAGCCACUGCGGCUGGAACUCCGUGCUGGAGAGCGUGACGCGCGGCGUCCCGAUCAUCGGCUGGCCGCUGGCCGGCGAGCAGUUCUACAACGCCAAGAUGCUCGACGAGGAGUGGGGGGUCUGCGUGGAGGCGGCGCGCGGGAACGCAGAGGGUGCUGCCGUGGAGAAGGGCGCGCUGGCCGCCGCUGUGGAGACGGUGAUGGGCCCGACGGCGAAGGCCGCCGAGAUGAGGCGGCGGGCGGGAGUGAUCAAGGCGAUCAUGGAAGCUGCCCGGGAGGAAGGUGACGGCUCGUCUGCGCGGAAGGCAUUGGAGGAGUCCUUCAAAGCGAUGAAACUCAAGUGAAAUAGUAUGCAAGAGGAAACGGAUUCUGAUUCCCACAAGCGAUAUCUCUGUUGUAGAAAUUUUUAUAACCAUUUAGAUGUAUUAAAGAAAUAAGGGGACAUGCCUCUAAGAAUCAAAACAGCUUUCCCUGUUUCCU